CUGGUCCGGUUUGCCCAUACCUUAUAACCGUGUACGUAUAGUUUUAUCAUCAAUGUAUAUCACACCCUAUCACGCAAACGAUGUCGAAAGUACAUAUAUAGUUUCUCUGAGACAUUAGUCGAACACCUUUCGCUGUUUUUGGCUCACUCCUUUAUUUUCCCUCCAUUCAUGGUCUCUGUUUCAAACUGAAAAAAAAACUUUCAAUCUCGUAUAUGGUGUUAAGAACGUCUCUCUUGCACGAAAUCAAAAGUUCAGAGAUUGUUUCAAAGAUAAGAACUUGAUUUCAUCUUCAAUCUUGUGUGUUGAUUUUACGCCAAUCGGAUAUGAAGCGAGGUUACGACGAAUCUUCAUCAUCCGCUUCUCUUGGACCGCCUCAAUCCAGAUUCAGAUACAAUCCAGAGGAAGACUCACGAUUUUUAGAGGACGACAGUACAGUUUUUGCCCGGAAAGUGGCUGACCAUUACAGUGCGAGAACCAAUCAAACUCUGGAAGAGAGAGCAGCUAGUCCAAUUAUACAUUUGAAGAAACUCAACAACUGGAUUAAAAGUGUCUUAAUUCGGCUUUAUGCAUCCCGAGGGGAUGCAGUUAUUGAUCUUGCUUGUGGCAAGGGCGGUGAUCUAAUCAAAUGGGACAAGGCAAAGAUCAGAUAUUAUGUUGGCAUUGAUAUAGCUGAAGGAUCGAUAGAAGACUGUCGUAUGCGCUACAAUGGUGAUGCAGACCAUCAUCAGCGGCGCAAAAAAUUCACAUUUCCUGCCCGACUUAUAUGUGGAGAUUGUUUUGAGGUUCCCUUGGAUAAAGUUUUGGAAGAUGAUGGACCUUUUGAUAUUUGUAGUUGCCAGUUUGCCAUGCAUUACUCAUGGUCGACUGAGGCACGUGCAAGACGGGCCUUGGCCAAUGUAUCAGCAUUACUUCGUCCAGGUGGCAUCUUCAUUGGGACAAUGCCAGAUGCCAAUGUUAUCGUUAAAAAGCUCAGAGAAGCUGAAGGACUGGAUUUUGGCAAUAGCAUUUACCAUAUAAGUUUUGAUGAAGAGUUUUCGGAUAAGAAAUUUAAAUCUUCAAGCCCCUUCGGUAUAAAAUACAAGUUCCACCUAGAGGAUGCUGUCGAUUGUCCUGAAUGGAUUGUUCCUUUUCAUCUCUUCAAAUCAUUGGCAGAAGAGUAUGACUUGGAGCUAGUUUUUGUAAAAAACUCGCAUGUAUUUGUGGAUGAGUACUUGAAAAAACCAGAAUUUGUGGAGCUAAUGAGGAGACUCGGUGCUCUGGGUGAUGGAAACCAAGACCAGAGUACACUAUCACCAGAUGAAUGGGAAGUAGCUUAUUUAUACCUGUCAUUUGUUUUGAAGAAGAGAGGAAAGCCAGACCAAGCACAGGUAAAUGCAAGACAGGACAAAGGCAAGAUGCAUUUAUCAAAGGAGGACAUUAGGUACAUUGGCAAUGAACUAUAACACCGCAUAAAUAUGAAGAUCGAAGACUCAUCUUCAAGCUGGACAAUGUUAAGGAUGACCGGCACAGGGAAUUCAUAGCUGGGGGAACACACGGUCUUAUUUUCCUCUACUCCAUGAGUUCUUUGUAUAGUUUCGCAUGGCUUUUCAGUUUUGCAGAAAUCGCAAUAAUAUGUUGCAGAGUUGCUUACCUUCUGCUGCUGCUUCUAACUGAAGACAAAUUCCAAAUAACUAAAAACAUUAAUAUUUUUUUGGAUGAGGCAUUGAAGCAGCAGUAGGUGACUGAUUUCAAAGGCACGGGUCACCACGCUGGCAAAAAUAUAUGCUAUGUUCGAUCUGAAUAUGUAAUUCUAUUCAAUUAUACAUUCAACGGUAUUAUGAGAGCCAAAGUAUUAGAUAACCAGAGACUCUUUUUGUUACUGAAUUUACCAAAUCCAAGUACUCUCCUCGGCAGAUGAAAAGCUAAUAAUGAAAGAUGUUGAUUUGCAGUUUGCACAUCCA